GAUUCGACUUUUCAAUUGUCAAGUCCUCACUAUGUUAUAUACGCACUACGUACUAUUAUUGUUUAUUAUUCCACAUACAACUGUCAUUUAUUAUGUGGCCAUUUUCAAAGCCUUUCCUCUGUUGUGUUAUUAGUGCCCCCCUCCUCUCUCCUUGCAUCCCUGCAUCCAUCCCUCCCUUCCUCUCUCUCUCUCCCUCCCGGCAGUGCAUCCCCAUCCCCCACACGGUGGCCGUCUCUCCGGGUGAAAGCUGUCUUCCCUGCGCCACUGGCCCGACCAAACGCUGCUAUUGCGCCGUCAGUCCGCACCGACCCUGAGGCAGAGCACACACACGGGAGGAGGCACGUACACACAAGGGGAACCUUUUUUUCGUACAACCGAGUGACUUUGGUGAGUGACGUCCGUCAUUGAUAAUAAAGAGCAAAGAUGUUUAUGUGUCGACUUGCUUAGUUGUACGAUUUUUCCUGUCUUUUUUUCCCCCUUCGUAUCCCUUCAAUUGUCCUCCGCGGUGGCUGGCUACAGCAGCUAGGCUAACCGAGCUAGCUCAAAUAGCGGAAUGAAACUGCUUCUAGUUGUGUUGUAUCAAUCUUUAUUGUGUGCGGCCAAGCGGUACAACUGGUGUUUUAUAUCUGUAUCAUAUCUACAGUCGGUGUGUUUCAUUGACAUUUGCCAAUCUUUGUCAAGUUAGCGCGCUAAUUAGCUAUUUGAGCAGCGUGUUGCCGAGGGAUGCAGGGAUGCUACAGCGGUUUAGCGGUUACCUUUUUCAGUGCUAGCAUGGAGCUAAGCUAACGUUACUAUUCUGUGACCCGCAUAGAUUCCUGCGUGGGCUGCAGCGGAAUGGUUGAACAGCCAUGCUAACGGCGGCUAAUCUGGUGAUAAUUGGCAAGAUGGCAUCGCGGAGUUGUUAUCUUGAAAUCGGUGGAUUUUCAAAAUGGUGUCUUAAGCUUGUUUGAGUGUGACCAUUUUUGUCCAACCAUGGCUGUUUUGGCGUUGCUCGCUAUCCUCGGAAUGCAGCGCACUGCCAGUGCAUGCCAUACUCAGAUAGAUAUAACUACAUAAUAACCACUGAUGUGCUGGGAAACGCAAAUGCCAGCACACUGGGCUGUAUCCUCGAGGCUGCAGCCACCAUUAUGAGCUAAACAAUUGUAUUUUGGAGUGGAACUAAUUUGUUUUUGCUGAGUUUUGCCCUGCAUCUGUGGUGUGCGUUUAAAAAAUUGUCAUGGCCCAAAAACAAUGUGCUGAGUCCGUUAUGCAAAUUUCGUUGUUUGCAUUUUUUUUAAUCGAAUGGCACACACUCAACACAACGCACCUCAGUUAGGUUUGACAAUGAAUGCGAGGCUUGGUUUUGUUAGUUGAAUUUACUCCAAAACUAAGUGCUGCUCAUGAGUUUUAGACAUGAAACAAAUCAACUUGUAGUGAGUAUAAAGUGGAGAUAUAAGCAAAAAGUAUCAUUAUUUAUUCAUAUUCUGACUAGGUUUUUGAACAGUUUUAUUGUCACAUAAUAGUGGACAUUUUACCAAAUACAAUAGAAUUACUUGUACUAAGUAAAGUGGUGAUAUGAGCAAAAAGCAUUAUCAUUUAUUAAUAUUCUGACUAGGUUUUUGAACGGUUUCAUCAUCACACAAUAGUGGACAGUAUCUGUUUCAUUAUACCAAAUACAAACAUAGGCACAUGAAUAUGUUUUUCAUCAGCAGGAAAGCAUUUAAUCCUCCUUUUCCUCCUCUGAUUCAUGUUCUUUCUGUCACAUUUUUGUACACAACAUAUUUUAGUACCAACAUACUGCAGUCGAAUAAGGUAACACUAUUCAAACUGAUGAAAAAAGUACAUAUAAACAUAAUAUUCAAACACACAUAUAUAUUUAUUUUUGAUAGUUCUCUUUAGUAUCUUUCUUUCUAUUUUAUUCUUAUGUUUUUAUUUUAGUGUUUGUAGAAUUCUUGUCUUGUAUAUAUAGUACCUUCUUUCUUACAAAUAUUUGUACUUUUACUACCUUAUUUACUUGUCUAUUGCACUGGAAAAGGAGAAGCUCUCCAAUCUCGUUGUACUUCUAGUAUGAUGACAAUAAAGGACAUUCUGAUUCUCUGAUUCUGAAGAGGACAGAUUACAUAAAAAGGCCAAAGGCACCUUUUCCUUCUUCAUGACCUCAAAUAUCAUGAAAUGAGUCCUCUUCCAGUUUUUCUUUUUUUUGUAUCAUGAGAAGGAUUACCUGCUUCAGUUAUUGACUAAUGAUCAUAUUAUCCAGCAUGAGAUCCAUAUCAGACAUUCAGUAAGAUGUUAAUCUAAAUAAUUCAACUGAAAGUCUUGGUAUUUAUAUUUUACUGUAUUUGAAUAAACUACAUGUUUGUUUGUUUUUAUUUUCCCUUUUCUAAUGGUAGCAUCCAGUAAAACCCCUGCAAUUCCUGUACUUGCUGAACCACACCGGAGUCAUAUUGAUCAUUCUACAAACUGAGAUGGCUGUGCGCAAUCUUUUUUCAGACUCUUGUGAAAUCAAGAAGCAUCUGGCAGAACUGCUUUUCCCAGAUGAAGGGAAAUUAAACACAAGGUUGUUUCAAUUACAGCACAUAAUAAAUACUUAAAUUUUUAAACAUAACUAGGUUUGACUGAGCUGAACUUUUUCCAAGGUUUUUGAAGUAUUUACACGUUCCGUUUAUUCUUGAGGUGCCUGCUGUUUACCAUGAAGGAGGAAAUAGGGGGCAUGUGAGUUUGAGCAUACGCUGAGUAUAGCCUCAUGUGUAUGAAUGGUGGGUUGCACAGUGCCGCCGUAAAGCUGUCAGACUAUAGAAAGCUGGAGUCACUUCAUGUUACAAGAGUCCGUGUUCUUAUAACAGACUCUUGUCUUUGAAGCACUUCAUUCCCAUGGGGGUUUGAACCACUUAAUGAGUUGCUCAUCAGAGAUCCGUAAACGAAUGGCUUACAGACGGCAACUUCAGUGUUCACCCUCCUCUGCUGUCGAGCCCACACUUCCCUCGGCUUGAUGGCCAAUGUGUUUUUAAAAGAGACAUCUGCGGAUGCAUGCAAUUGCAUUGUUAGACUAGCUUCAAGUGAUUUAUGCUUGAUGGGCCACAUUUCAAUUCCGCUGGACUUUUUAAUUGACAAUUUUCUUUGUGGGUGAUUCACUUAAAUAGGGAUGUAAAUGGUAUUUCCACGAAUUCUCAGCCUCUCCGUAAACAAAUUGGUAAGUGCUUUUUAGUCUAAAAAAGGGCACAUUGGCAGUUUUCAGGAGAUGAAGUGCUAUUACUGCUCAUUUUGUCGAACUAAGAAUUAACCCUCAAUUAACAUCAAGUAGCCCCGACCAUCUUUCCUUGUGGUCAGAAUAGUACGACAAAAAAUUGACACAAGGUUAUGAAAAAUACAAUUGCUCCCUGAUGCUAAAACUGAUUUUUUGAAAAUUUAAGAAUACUACACAGAUUGUGGCUCUUAUAACAGAUUUCCCCUCUUAACUUGACUCAUCACAUCACUCCAUAAUGGCUCCUCAUUGUGGCGCUAAAGACAUCAGCCCUGCACUUUACCUUUUAAGGGGCACUUUGUGUUUUUUAGCUAAUUGUGCAUCAUGUAUAAUUGUGUGAUUGUCUUGCAGUUUUCGGUUUUUGCAGAAUUGCUGUGUCAUGAUAUGACUGUAGUAGUGUGCACUGGUUGCAAUACAAUCAUUGGUGUUGUGUUCUGCCAUGAAACUCCUUUUUCCAUAUAACCAUCACCAGUUUAAAACAUAUAACUGGCUAAGAUAACAUAUGUAAUAGAUUGAAUGAGCAUUAAUAGAUAUAUUGUGACUUCUCUUUUUACUGUAACUGGAAUAUUUGGGAUGUUGUAUCAUGAUUGACAGCUCUAUUUACAUUUGCAAUUUUUCUACCAUAAAUGUUUGCUUAAAAUCAACACAGUAGUGUGAUCUGCUAUGGUCUGUACCUCCCUAAGGGAUCUUGAAUUUAAUACAUUUCAGAUAUUGUAGUGGGUGUGAUGUCAGUCCAGUGAUGCUACUAGUCAGACACUUCUGUGCAUGCCUUAACUGCACAAGUGCAAUAUGUCAAGGCGGUAGUGUGGAAAUGAAGGGAUAUUGUUUAUUCUAUUUACAGGCAUUGUUUUUGACCAAUAAUGUGGCUCCAUUCUGACACCUCAGGGCAGAGCCGUGCUCACUAAUCAAAGGGCACUGCUUCCUUUCUUGCGUCAAAGCUGGUAUCUGUGUGAACUGUGUCAAAGCAGUGAGGUGAACUUUUUUUUUUCUCUCUGAGUUUGAUGUCAGUGCUUAACAACACAGCAGGGUCGUACCUGCCCGAAGUGAGCUUUAACUUGGUUAUCUGUUGCUCAAAAAUGAUUAAAAGAGAUUGGCUGUCAGUUUGACAGUUUUAGCACCUGUGAAGUCUUGUGAAUUUGACACCCUGACCCUAGCCCUGUAACCCAAUACCUUGGUGUUACCCAAAGGAAGCCCUAACACCCCAGAAGUUUUUUUUUGGACAUUUUUCCUUUUUUUUGUUCUAACUAACUCAAAAGGUCUGAAUCAUGCUCCUAAAAAGAUCCUUGACAGUGAUUUUAACCCUAACCCUAAAACCCUUAUUCUAACCCUAACCCCUAAACCCAAUACCCGGAUGUUACCCAAAGGAAGCCCAAACACCCCCCAAAAUUUUUUUGACAUUUUUCCUUUUUUUUUUUUUGUUCUAAUUAACUGCAAAAGGUCUGAAACGUGCUCCUAAAAAGGUCCUGGACAUUGAUUUUAACCCUAACCCCAAAACCCUGACCCUAGCCCCAUAACCAAUACCCCAGUGUUACCCAAAGGAAGCCCUAACACCUCCCCCAAAAAUUAGACAUUUUUCCUUUUCUUUGUCCUAACUAAUUUGAUACACAUAACACUUCUGAUUUUUUCUUAAGCAAUGAAGUCCCCAGCUGCUAUGCUGUUGGGCUACCUUUGUUUUGAAACUACCAUGUAAGAAAAUGGCCUAUCUGGUGGUGGUGUUGUCUUGCAUAAGUUAGUUGCCUUUGUAACACUUGGCAUUUUUAAACGUUGUAAAAAAUCAUGGCUUCUUCAAAGGAUAUCAGUAUGAACGCAACAGCUGUGAGCGACCUGGUGUUUAGCUGUCAUUGUGUGUCUUACUUUUUGGUACGGUUUCACAGCACACCCGUGAUGGUUAAGUUGUGGCCUGUUUCCAUUGUCACCAAACCACUGGUAAUUAUGUGAUAUUUACUCAAGAGGGAGCGAUACGGCACGUUUGCACACAUUAGUCAACCGUAACUGAGCACAUACUCUCUAUUGUUGAUCCAAUUAUUCUGAAAGUAUUAUGGUGUUAAGAAGUUUAUGUCUUGAAUUGUCAAACAGCUAAACUUGGUUAACAUCACGACUUAAUGCAUUUGUAGAUAUAACUGUUGGCUGUUUUAAGCAUUGGCUGUCUUCAGUCUUUGAGCCUUUCUAGAGAGAUGAAUUCCCAGUUGACAUUCCUUUGUGUCAUACAUGGUGGUUGUUUCAUUUUUUUCAUUGUGAGUCUUUUUUAGGGGCUUCCCCUGGACUCAUUAACUGUGACUUUAUUGCAUCCAUUAUUUUCACUGCAUCAGAGACACAGGCUGAGGGCCUGGUAGCCUCACUGCACUUCACUUUGAAGAGAUAGAGGCAUUAAAUGUUCGGCAUUUUUACUUGAAAAGGUCUGAUUUAAUUGACGGACACCCCACAUCUAAGCGCGACGUUGAGGCACUUCUACACCGCAAGCUAUAUUGUUGAAAAGUCACAGCCAGUUGUCUAUUUGUCAGUCAAUCUCUUGAUUUAAAUAAAAAUGAAGUUGAUUGGAUUAAACAGAUUUUAGCUGGAAAUAAAUCUCGGCAAUUUCAGAUGCCAGAUGCCAUUUUUUCAUUGUCCCUCUUUGAUUUGACAAAUGGUUCAUGUAUACUGAUGCUGCAACACUUAUCAUACCCCCAACAUCAACUUACGCCAUGCUUCAGUAUUGUGAGAACUCAUGGCACGACAUUUUGUAGAUUAAUCAUUUUUUGUGGUUCAUCAUUGUCGUUUUUUUAGAGAUGGACUAAUUGUGAAAACUACAGCCAAUAUUGAUACUCAUGUUUACCAGACAAUUUAGCUAGUGUUGGUUAUCGAUAUAAAAUUUUGUGUCAUUACAUCUUUAUUUAUUUUGAGUCUGAUUCUCAAAUGAGUUAAUGAGUAAUAAAAAUGAGUAAUAGCUUUUUGUCAAAAUUUGUGUUAUAUUGGGAUUGGCCUUCACUGAGCUGAUAACACUGUCAUCUUGUUCUGAAUAAAGAUACAUUUUUCUCAAACCCAUGACCCAUGAUAUCAAAUUCAGUCACUGGUGAGUGUGUUUGAUUAUAAAAAUGUUAUGAUAUUUAAGUAUUGACUGAAAAUUCUGCCAUGUUCUGAAAUCUGUGGCAUAAACCAAUAUCUUUAUUUCUUUCAUCAGUUAAUUAAAAUGUGAUUAAAAAUAGGAGUGCAGAUAGCCUAGCAAUGAAGGUGCACCCCAUGUAUGCAGGCAACCCAGGUUCAAUUCUGCCCCCUUCCUGCAUGUCAUUCCCUGCUCUAUCCACUGUUCUCAUCUGUCAUUAAAGGCCUUAAAGCCCCAAAAUAAAUCAAUUUAAAACGCAUGAAGAUUGCCAUGCCUUACAAAUGUUAGUUUGUGUGUGAAUAAUGUAUCUGUAAAUUACUGUCUUGGAUUUUCUUAACAUUUACUUCAUUAUUUUAUGUCUGAGCAGUUUCAGGUACGCCAGAAAUUCAGACGUCAUUCAGAGAACAUUGUGGCAAUAUUUCAUUGAUCCAAAUAUUUUUCCAUCUACACGUAAUGGAUAAAUAUUCAUUAAAGUUUAGUUAUUUUGUAAUAUUUCUUAAAUGCAAAAAAAGAAUGAAGAAAAACAAAACAACUUAAUAUCAGCAUCGUACAUUGGCAAUCAGCCAGGCUGCUCUCUCAUAUUCAGUGUUGGGUUAGCCAUUGAAAAAUUGUUAUCAGUUGACCUCUGAUUACAAGUUCAUCCUUAAAAUCCCUCUUAAAAUGUCCUUCAAACAUGAGGUACAAAUGUAUGUCACUGAUCUUUUUCAGAGGUUGUGUAGUAUUCCCACACUGCACUCAUUUUCCUCCAUGUUUGGUGAUCAAAGUCAGUUCAGAGUUUGUCCAGCAGGGGGAUUUCUUCUGAUAAAGAACUUCUACAAAAUGACAGUAAGAUAUAUCUCUAUUUUGCCUACCUUCUUGGCUGUUUUGUCUAGCCUUGUUUAAGAACAUUUGUGCCCUUUGAAAAAAGCCAGAGAUAAAUUCUUCUAAUGUCAACAAAGCUGAUACAACAAAGCUUAGAGUUUGGGUGGCCUCUGAAAAGUAGGUUUAAUCACUGAUCACGCCCAUUGUGUUGUGUGAUCAACCCAUUCACAUGCACAUUAGUAGAUCAACAUUAAGUGGAUGAAUCAUUACACUGUGAUUGAUCUUCAUUUCAUAUUUGUGUGUGCUAGUACACAUGGAAACAUACUUAGAGAAUGGCAUAUGAGCGAUGCUGGGAAUAAAGGAGUAGGAUAAAAGCUUGAACAGAUCCCUGCGGGCGAAGCUGUAAUGCAUUCAGCUGUCAGUCAUACAGAGAGGGUCUGCAAGUCUGUACAUAACACAUGUUCAUACACAUGUGUCUGUGCUGCAGGCUGUUGUUUUAUUAGUGAUACGUGUAGUCACGAUCAAUAGUUGUCUCUCGUGUCGUUGUCCAGUCAAAACGAGCAUGUCUAAUUAAACCUAAGGGAUGAUACCUGACAAAUCAGAGUGAAAUAAAGGACUGUUAAAAUGUCAACAGGCUCAUAAUACUUGGAGAGGUGUUAAGAGUGGUGUUAAUGGCCGCUAUUGUAGCACAGAACAAUGCAGAACGGUUACGCAGGAGCUGUUAACGGCGGGAGGAAGUGGACGAACUGUAUGAACUAACAGGAUAAAUGAGUUAAUAAUGAAAAUAUUGUCAAAGUAGAGAGUUUGCAAAGGACUGAAUGCUUGUUUAAGUAUUAUAUUCCCAAAAUCGAAACAAAAAAGACAUUUAGGAACAAGAGAAACCCGCUGUAGAGUGCAUUAAUGUGAGGAAAUGUUACUUGAGAUGUACAUUCUCCUGAAAUAUUAGUGGUAGAAGUAGCAGUGUGGUGUUUGUCCUCUAACAGAAAUACUAAAAAAUAGGAAAUGUGAGGAAUUGGCAAAGUGAUCAUGUUUUUUAAAGAGCAGUAAUAAUGUAGUUUAGUCCUGCAGCCUUUCUCCCUGUGUCGCCCUCCUUAUUCACGUUGCUUCAGGCUGUUGAAAUUGACCAAAUUGUGAAACACAAAAAACAAACUUGCAUUUGAUAUAACGCUGUUUUAGUUUUGUGUGUAGUGCACUGUGUACAGUUCAGCAGUUUGACCGAGUGAAAACAAACACUGGUUGGAUCUGUAUGUUGAGCAAGUGUACCGUAUCAGCAGUCUCUGAAGCAACAGACUGACUGGCACUGAUCAGCUCCUCGAAAACUGUUGUUCAUUAAUAAUUCCUUCCCACAAUAAAAUACUACUUGUUGUCAUUUAUUUUGUUAUUAGAGUCCCACCUCCACUGCAGGCGUUGUCUGUCUGCUGUGAAAAUUGCCUGGAGGUAUUGAUUGUCGCGGGUUUAAGUGCCAAGAACUGUCAUAAAGCUUUUCCUUCUCCUUUGUGUGAGUGUGCGUGCUUGCACUUGUGGAUUUUCUCUCAGGGCAUCUGUAUUUUCUUUUCACCUCUGUAACUCCUGGAGUGAAAUUCAUCAAAAUUUGAAUCCAGCGAAGCGCUUAUUCUGAAAUGGAGUAGGGUUUUAUUUACUCAAACAUGGUAAGUAUAUUUGUUAAAUUCUUACACUGUUUUCAGCCGGGUUGCGUCCUCCUCGUUGUUGUUUUGUUGUUUGAGACCAAGUGGAGAUUCAAAGUCAAAAUCAAUCUUUUGACAGCAUGGAAAAUUUGGCCUUGCCUGGCACCUCAUUAUUUGUUCUUGCAUCGUAAUUGGUUUGAUGUGGCAUUUCAUUUGUAGGUAAUCAAUACAAAUUGAUUCACCUGUUUCCAGCCAAUCAAUAAUUUGGAGCUCCUUGUCGCUGAGAUGCCUGAGAUUUUAGAGUACCUGAGCAGAAAGCUGAUGAAAUCCAACAAUCAUUUUUUUUAUUAUUGUACAGGCUAUGACAGCGUUGUCGCUUUAAAACUCUCAAAGCUUCUGUGAUGAGUUUUAUUCCAGUCACAAACCAAGCUGAAAUCAAGUUUGAUGCAUCUUGAUGACCAAUAAAUGCAAACAGAGUUAUAUAUCUUGAAAAAAGGUCCUCGAAUAAUCAUUUUCAAAUUUUCAGCUGCUGGCACAAUGUUGCCGCAAGGGAUGCAGGCCCAUGAGGUGUGUGACUGAUGAGAUGAUUUUUUGAAGGCUUGGAGAAAAAGGAGCCGACACAGAGAGAAGGGCAGAUGCUGUCCCAAAGAGUAAAUUGCUGUCCUAGAUCUAAAAUAGCCCAAGGCUGUUAGGAGCACGCUGCUGCAGGGCAGGUCUGCUUGUGCGAGAGGCAGGGGGGCCUUUCUGAUUCCAUCGCUCUUACUGUGAAUACUGUAGAAAGAUGGCUCCAGUCUUUGUCAGUUCUAAUUAUGAUAGCAGGCACUCAUUUGUCUGUCCUUUGGGCCUGUGUUAUGUUAGACGUAAUGCUGUAUUCCCUGCUGUAUUAAAAGGCUCUCAAACCUACUUUUUUUUAUUAGCUUGUCACUGUCAUACAUGGAAUUCUGCUUGAGUAGGGAUGGAUAUCAAAACCUGUGGUGUGUCCCAAAUCGCAUACUUCCAUACUAAAUACUUAGAAUUUUUAAAUCAAGUAUUCUAAGCAUACUAUGUACUCAAUCGCCUAGCGCUUGAGUUUCAAGGGUGCAGUGUUGUCCCGAAUCGCUUACUGCCGUGUGGUGCACUCCCCGGAAAUGACAAUGCGAUUUCUUCUACGCCAAUUUGUCACCGGCUAGCUCUGCAUCAGCUAAUUACCGCCACAUUUUGCCUGCGCUCGUCAUAUACUUUUGAGGUAAAAUCAGCAAUAAAAUUAACGUUCAUCGCUCAUUUUUACGCCACGGGUAACGCUUCGGAACCCGGCGGCUACUAGCUAACGAGCAUUCGCGAUAACGUUCGCGGUAAAAGACAAACAGGUUACCCAGGUUACACCACAAAUAUACUCAAAACGAUGAACCCUGAUGGUGCUUGGUGGGAGGAACAUGUGUGAAAGGCAACUUAUUGCUUACAUCUGUACAAAGCUCCCAGGUUGACCGUCGCCGACCCACCUGCACCACAGCCUUCUGCAGCCAUUCUUACUGAUGAAAUGAUUGCGGCAAGUGUCCACAGUCGGAUACUCAAAAUCUUGACCGAUUUGAUUACGGCAUCCGGGUACUUUUGCCUACUCAAUUUUCGCAUACCAUCCGUACUUUUUUCCAUUUUGCGUUGAGUAUACUCAAAAUUGUACUGGAAGUAUGCGAUUUGGGACACACCUCUGGCUCUAAUAGGGACCUUGUUCUAUAGAUCUACAACCCAAAAAUGUGACACCUUUUGAUUAGCAGUGUUGGCCCCUGAAAAUAUUUGAGUAUCUACUGAUACUGAGUUACUAUUUGCCUAGAUAAUAGAGCUGCACACUGUUACUUUGGUUAUUGCCUCUUACAAAAAUAAUUUAAAACAGUCCUGCUUAUUAUUCUGAAUGCUGGGUAAUCUGGAUGUGAGCACAACUCUUUUUUUCUGCCUUUGAAUUGAUACAAUACGAUACAGUACAGUACACUUUAUGGUCUUGGACUCCUAGAGCUGCACAGAUUAAGCUGCCAACUUAUGUAGCAAGUACUAGACCUAACAAAGACACAGUCACACAACCCACGCACAUUGCCACAUACACAUACAUGUCCCCAGAGUUGCCAUAGGCUGUCAUUGAGUGGUUUUAUCUGUGUACACACGAUAAAGUUUAAGCUCCACAUUGAUGCUAUUUUCUGUAAAAGCACAGGUAGUCAAACCCAGAUGGCUUGGUUACAGCUGACAUAACUGAUCGGGUGAGACGAUGGACUCAAUUUUCAAAUCACUGAUCAAUAAAAAAUAUAUCGUUUUGGGACAAUAAAACCAAAAGUCAGUAGCAUUAGAGCCCAUGGAUUCUGCAUUUGGGUCUUUUGAUGCAUUUUUUACUGAUCUAAUACUACUGUUGAAUGAAUGAACUGUAUACCUUGCCCUGUAAGUGAAGGUACCAGGCUUGAUAUUAGCCUUGUUAAAAAAGUAACAAAUUAACUCAGAUAUAAAUUUACUUAAUACUAUUUAUUAACAAAUAACAAAUUGCACAUGAGCACAUAGCAAAAAAAGUAAGACUUCCAUGUAAAUAACAAUAAAAAUAAUCCAGUUUGUGAAAUACACAAUAAGUCAACAAGUUUCAGUUCAACCCACUUCACGAUGUUCCCUGCCGUGCUGGUCUCGGUCACGCCGAGUUAACGGUGAAACACCAUGUAAUAUGCAAGCUAAAGCUAGAGUUAGCCAUCUGCAAUUAGCCUUGCUACACUGUUAGCCGUGCCAGUAACGGUAGAAUAAACAACAGAACACAUUAUGUGAUCGAGCUACUUCUCCUACUGAGGCAGCUGCAUGUCCCCAGAUGAGACUGGACUGGAAAUGAGUAACGUGAGUUAAGACGCGGAGGCACCGAUCGGCGAGCGGGGGUAGUUGAAAAUGCUUUUCUGGUCUGAGUUUGAUCAGUUGGUCUUCUUGUAGGCGUGAAGAGCAGUAGCCUUCAGUAUACUGUAGAUAUCUACAGUAUGUAUAUUUUAAAACUUCAUAAAAAAUUAAAAAAUUGUCAGAUUAUUCGGUAAUUGAAUUUUUUUCUCACCCUUAUAAUCGGUAUUGGCAAUCGGCCCCAAAAAAUCCAUAUUGGUCGGGCCCUACUGAGUAAACAUUGGGCUACAUUUUGAUGUCGUCAAGGUUAGUUUAGCAAACUGACCAUUUGAUAAAGAUCAUCACUAUUACAGGUUGUCAACUGUCCUAGACCCCCAAAAUGCUUCAUCCUUAAACAUGAUAAGAAAGAGAAUGUGUGUGUGUGUGUAGAAGCUGAACUGUGAUUGUUCUGGUAGAGAGACCUACUAUUGACACUCGGCAGUCUUUGUCUUUUGUUUUUUCUCUCUCUCUCUGUUUCCUUUUCAUAUGACCUGAGUGAAACGUUGUGUUCUCGAAUAUAAAAAAAGAAAGCUGUUCAGUUCUUUUCUCUUCUCCACUGGAGUGUGAUGACGCCCACCGGUUUUGAUUUGUUGCUUAAAGAGUAGAUGCCUGGUGAGGUAUUAUGUGGGAGGAUAGAGUCGGCGUGGGGGUUGUGUUGUAUUGUACAUGUUCUCCAGGAAUGGUAGCACUCUUUGUGUGAGUGUGUCUGUGUGUGUGUUUGAGGCUUAUUCUUUCACAAUCCUUCCCUCCACUGCUGCUGCCUCCUCCUCCUCCUCCUCCCUCAUUAUUACCUUUGCUCGUCCCCCCAGGCAGCAGGAAUCUCCCUUUAUGGAGUGGAACCAGCAUUAUUGUUUUGAAACAGGCACAUAUUUAUAUUAGCAUGCACAAUUAAAUAUGAGUGCAUAAACUUUGAAGAUCUGAAUCCAGGCAAGACCAGACUGCUGACCUACCAAGCUCAAACAAAACAUCUUAAAAGACACACACACACAUUCACGCACACACAGCCCAAUGCUGUUAGCAUGCAGUCCAGCAGGCUGUUUGUUUAUAGCUGAGGCCCCGAGGCUACAGCUUAUGAGUUUAGCCUAAAUGAAGUCCUGCUAAUAGAGUUUAAGCUUAACAAAGUCUUGGAAAAUGACUCAGGUUAAGCCAGGAAGCUCUGCUUAAUAAUGUCAGUCAGUUCUGAAUGAAUCCCUAAUCUUUCUCUCUCUCUCUCUUUGUAUGUGUGAGAGAGAGAGAGUGAGAUGGAGAGCAAGCCAAAAAUACAAUCUGAUAUUCAUGUCAGAGAGUGCAGUUACGCUGAAAGUGAUGAAGAUAUUUAACAAUCAAGCCACCAUUAAGGAAUAGGGAGUAAUGUGUCAAGGUUUUGAGCUGUUUGAAGAUAAGUUAGAAACUCAAACAUUUAUAGAUCGCAUACUUUUAUAAAGAAAACGAUCAGAAAUAGGUAAUACAUGGAUUAUUUUUUCACUUCUUUGUGUCGCAGCAUUUCUCAUAGUAUAUGUUCUCCUGAGUUGAGAAGAUCCAUCUUUUUCUUUUUUUGUCAUUUAACGACUAUGAAUAGUUCCUUUUUUUGGAAGGAAAAAAUGAAAAGAUAUUUUUUGGAGGUUGUAGCUGUAGUAGACACUCACAGAGAAAGAGCGGAACAAAACAAGUCCUUCUUUAAACACCAUCCACUUGACAUUGCACACAGUCUUGAGGCUGUUGUAUUGCAGUGAUGGUUUUAAGUGAAAAUCUAAUUUUCUGAUCAACUGUCUCCACCGUUUCAGUCUCAUAGAGGAGAUAUCAGGAGAAAAAAACAACCCACAGAUCAAUUCCAUGUCGAGAUGAGUCUGUUACAGGGUGAAACACGUGGUAACAUGGUCACCGGUGAGACCGCCACAGCCUGCUGAAAGGUGUUAGAGCUGCAGGUAGAUAAAGCGAAGACACCUUGUGUCAUACGCGCCGUUUCAUCAUCGCUGCCAGAGUCCCUCGUCAGCAGCAGCCCUUUUGGCCGAUGGAGGGAUGUUGCGCCGCGGUUUGCCUUGCUGUCUUUGAAGUCAGGUGUGUUUGUAUCAAGGAGAGAAGGGUUAAAAGACUUAGAUCGCCUUUUAUAAAAUGCAACCAACAGUCAGAUUCAGUUUUCAUCAUUUAAGGAUCCACAGACAAAGAAGCAUCAUCAUAAACCUGCAGCUCCUCCACAGAAAAAGCUUUUACUGUCUACAAAUUAAGAGCUUCUUGCUCUCACUGUGGCAACUGUUAUGAAUUUUCACAUCAAGCCUGUACCCAAACUGUCGCUGCUUUACUCAAAGACUGAAAGUGUUGUAUGCUUCCUUGCGAAAAUACAUAUAGUUCUAUUAUGUGUUUGAAUUGAUCAUAUUCGUGAGCCUCCUGCUAGUCUGACAAGUGUUUUGAAUAAAAUUUUAUUUUAAUCUUUAUUUAAUUCAAGAAUACUUAAAAUUUCCUUGUGUAGAAUAUUUAAUCAAAAGCAAUUUUCUUUAAUCCAUUAACAGGAGAUUAGCAUUGUCAGCAUUUAAAAGAUUAACCAGGUAAUUGAUAAAUCAAGAGCUACGUUUUAGUUUAAAUAGAAAAUUGAGUGUCAACAUCUAUAAGCAGUAAUUUCUCAGGCCAACAGCUUCUCAGGUCAGAGUUUGUUUCCUUUUGUUCUGUCUUAUAUGACCUUAAAUUGGUUAUCUUUUUGUGAAGUUAGAAUUCAUUAUGUCCUUUUAUAACCCAAUUUCGUGAUCAACAAGACGGUAAUCUGAAUUGCACAUUUGGUGUGAAUAUUUAUAACCUGAAUGAGAGAACAAAUAAAAUGUAUAACUUAAAUACGGAUAAUUAUUUGCAGACCUGCACAGAAAUGCAACUGUUCCCGUCCGACUGAAGUUUGAAUGGCAUACAUAAAUAUAUUCCCCAAAAUAGCGAGGCAGAUGGCUCUUUUUCAGUGAAUUUUUUUGGGAAAAUAAUUAAGAGCCUAAUCUUCAUUCUUGGCUCGGGGUGCCCGGCGUCUACAGUCACUGAGUGCUGGUGUCCUGUCUCAAAGAGAGUGUGGAUUUUUGUUUGACAUUUUCAGGCAACCAACAGUAUGUUAGGAUUUUUCAGCUCCUUUCUUUCUGAUUUAUGCCCCAAGCUUCCUAAUCACAGAGGAGAUGUCUAGACUAGUCUUUUCGUCUUUAUUCUUCCCCCCUUGUAGUUUCUCUCUGCUUUGUCAUGGUGACAGUCCUGCAGAAUGGUAUUUUACAAUCACAGAUAGUGGUUUGGCCUGUAGUCAGUCUUUUGGCUAGAAGGAGGCUUUCUUCAGGAGUAGAGAGCCCUGGAGCUCUUCAUCAUCACCCCCUCUAAAACAAAGGAAGACUAAGUGAGACACUCGUACUUAUCACAUGCUCCUCUGCUGUCCUCAGUGCUCCACACACCUAGACGCACUGUGGUGCCCUCUUGUUCUCACUUUAACCAUCCUCACCCUUGACUGAACACACACAUGCACACAAAGACACACAUACAGACGUGUCUGUUGCACAUGCCAGUUUCUUCCUAUAUUCAGGCACUGCUGUGAUGGGGUGUUGGAGUGUUGUCUUUGUAGCUUUAAACUAGGACACCUGUUCACAUGCUAAUGGGCAUUUUUCCUCCUCUUAAAGGGAUAUUCCAGCGUAAAAUUAAUUUAGGGUCAAACACACCACAAACCGAGUUAGACACCACCUCAAGAGAUGAAUGUUGCUAACCACCUGCUUCUCUAGUUAUACCAACUUUAGUAACGACUGCACGAUAGUAAUGCACAGCAGUCCGAGGAGCCUUAAACAAACCUCAAAAGCUACUCUAUAGCCACAAAUAAUGCAAAGAGACUAAACACAAUUCACCUACUCUCUUCCAGCAGCCGCUUGUUUCUAGCGAGACCUCAGGCCAGCGAGUUGACGCAGCUCAAGGAAGAACAUUUAUGAUCAUUUCUUCAUGGAAACACAAUCAGACUGAGAUGCUAAGGCAGAAGAACUACAGCGUCUGCAGUGGAAAAUAAUUAAUAUGAUGAUUUUUACUUCAAGGAAAUGUUAAAAAAUGAUCAUAAAUGUUCUUCCUUGAGUUGCGUCACCGCGCUGUAGUCCGUAAUGGACUGGCCUGAGGUCUCGCAACAAACAAGCGGCUGCUGGAAGAGAGUAGAUGAGUUAUGUUUAGUCUCUUUGCUAAAGAAAUCAGGCAAAGUUAAAAAGAUAUUUGGUAGCUAGUACUAUGGCAUGGACCUAUAUGGACAGUUGAUGAAGUUAGGUGCUGUUCUGAGUAUUAUUUGUGGCUGUAGAGUGGUGUUUUGAGGUUUGUUUAUGGCUCCUCAGACCAUUGUGUAUUGCUAUCUUGCGGUUGUUGGCAAUUGGUAGAACUAGAGAAGCAAGGGGUCGGCAACAUUCAUCUCUUGAGUGGGUGUCUAACUCGGUGUUACGGUCUGUUUGACCCUAAAUUAAUUUAACGCCGAAAUAUUCCUUUAAUACAUCUACACCCACAUUAAAACAUAGUUCACAUAAACAACCACCAGGUCAGAGUGAUUUUUUGAAUUAUGGACUUAGUUCUUCCCCUCAUUAAGUCAGCGUGUGAAGAUUUUGAAAGCUUCCUGAAGUUUUUUGAAUUUUGCCAAUUAAAAAAAGAGUUAAAUCCGGUCGAUAUGUUUUCUCCUUUUGGAAUAAGCCCCUGUUGUUCCAUUUUGUGAUGAUCGUGUGAGUCAUUUGCUAACAGGGGAUCAGGUUUCAGCUUUGCAGAAACUGGAUGGUUAACUGGAUGAAUUAGAGCAGCAGAGGGAUGAAAGGUAAUAGACCUAUGAAGGUAAUGUAGACCUAUAGGGAGGAAUUAAAACACAGGAGAUCCAUCGGAUCGAUAAAGACUGUAGCGUAGGAUGUGUUCAGCAAGAAGUCAAUUAAUUUCCCUGCGGCUGUAUUCUCUUAUGAUCUUAUGAAUAAUGAACCGUUGUCAACACAUCACCAACCUCAACAACGUCUUAAACAGAGACUCUAUUUUUGUUCCUUUUAAGGCUUUUAUUUGUUUUACGGAAUUAUGUGCAAAACCAGCUGCACUCAUGUUUGCUCUCAUUCAGUAUCAAGUGUCUGAGAAUUUUGACGUCAGCAUUCCUGGAUGGCGCUUUGAAAUGCUUCUUCGCCUAAUCUGAAUUGUCAUUUGGUGCCGUCUGGCAUCUUAUUGCAGCGUAUGCCCAGAAAUGAUGACAGUGAAGCUGCAACCCUCCACAGGAUUUUCACAGGCCCCACAACACGAGCCAAGGGUGGAUCUGUUAGAUUUGAGUUUGAAAACGCAAUCCAAUUUACAAAUUUAUGUAUCUACAGGAAGCAGAAGUGGAUAAAUGAGCGUUGACAGCUCUCUACAUGGCUAUUGGGUGGGCGAUGUGCUGUGUACGGAAAGCUUGCCACAACAUAUUUCACGCAGCUCGUCGUAUACAUGGCAUACGACAGACGAUGCAUCAAGACUAGAUAGAACCAGCCCGAUCACUGCCCUCACACACCAGGCCCCGUCUCUUUCAUACACAGAUGUAAAAAAAAUCUACAUAUUACACAAGAAACCCAAAACACCACGCAGCUCACACACUCUUUUCCUUUUUUUUUAUCUGUUCCUCAGCUGUUCUGCUCUGUGUUUGUGCAAACGCUUUGUGGUUCUGGCUCACUUGGAUCAUGCUUUUCUCGUGGCUAGGUGCAAAACUCUGCCUUUAUUUUGUCCUCUGUUCUGUUGUUUUGCUCUCCGUCACCUUCUCGUUCACUGGGUUUUGUGCUUUUUUUUCAUCUGGCUGUUGAAACGUUUGCUUUUGCUGCUCGUAUCUUGAGAUCUGGUUUAGCACAUCCAGUAUAAAUAUACACUCAUACUUGUGCUGCACUUUCAUAUAGUACAUACACAAAAGUGAGUAUAAAAUGACCCCAGGAGCUAGCAAGUUGUGCUAAAAAAUACUCAAUCAAGUAACUGCAUCAGGAAUAAAGUGCACAAAGCAGAAGCCAACAGUUCUUGAAAUAUUUACCUAAACACGACACUCUUGUACUGUUUGUAGCACAGCUAUGACUGGAUAAAAUCACAGCAGUAACCACAAACACUCACUACAAACGUGCCUUCGAAAUCACAGCCCCCCUGCUGCUGUCACUAACCAUUUGCUGUUGCACUGGUGCUUGCUUUUUGCAGUUGAUUUCUUUCCUUUAUUUUUUAUUUUUUUUCCCCCCCUCCUUUUUCCUGUGUUCAUUGUAAUCAUGACCUCUCGCUGUUUUAAUUUCAGAUUUGCAUAUCCACUUCCACUCCUUCCUCAUUUGCAUACAGCAAGAAUGGCGAGCGGGCAUCCCACAGACAAAUUCAGUUUCAUGUAUCAACCAGACACGCACAAGAGGUACGGGGCACGCAUGCACACACACUCAUACACACACAAACACAAACAUGUACACAACUUCACAUGCCCACACUGUCAAUGAGCAGGUAAGUUGAGACAAAGGAGGAGCACUCGGGGUGUUUUUUUUUCUGUAUUUGAGAAGGAUGCAUUUUUAGAGGUAGAGCUUUACAGCUGUGAUACUAGGUCCCCUCCCCCCCCCAACUGUCUCUGGUUCAGUCCCGUACUGAAAACCAGGUAGGUAGAGCUCGCCUUGCCUUCACCGGUGCGGUACACAAAACAAAACAACCCUUGGUUACAUGUUUUUAAGGCCACACAGCAGACCAAAACAUUACAUUGAGUGGAUUCAUGCGUCCUUGUGCUUUCCUGUCAGUCCUUCUCUCUGUUUGAAAAGCAUACUUAUGUUGAGACCACUUCAGUAUGAGGAUUCAGUUUUUGUUUCUGCAUGCCGACAAUAAACCUCAACUGGAUGUCCCCGUAGGAACCUGAGUUUGGGAUUAUUGUGUGAUGUGUGUUUGUGUGUCUGUGGGUUGUGUGUGUAUAAAGAAGUCUUAACCAUUUUUUUCCUGGUUUGUAUGGCUUACCUCUCUCUUUUCCCUCCGCUUUUCUUCUCUUAUCUCCCCUACCCCUUUCUGCCACACUGUUUCUUCUUCUUCUCAGUAAGAACAGGUUAUCUUCAGCUAUGAAUCCGGUCUACAGCCCCGUUCAGCCUGGCACCCCCUAUGGAAACCCCAAGAACAUGGCCUUCACAGGUAAAACAACACAAACACAAGCUACAGAGGUUCUCACUUUUUUCAGUUUGAUGCCUUUUCAGCCAAGUCCCCCCUGUCUUGGUGGGAAAAAAAAACUUUAUCAUGGUUAAUACAGCAGUGUGCCAUCUUGGAAAUGUCGGUUCAGGCAAAUGUAUUUAAUAGGGGUGGGAAUCAUUUACUGUCUCACGAUUCGAUUCGAUUCCGAUUUUUGGAGCCACGGUUCGAUUUAAAAUUGAUUUUCGAUUCAAAACGAUUUUAUUCAUAAUGAUUUCUGAUCGUAAUCUACUCCCAUCUGCUGUGCAAGACAGAAUGACAAAUGAAGGCAUUAAAGUGUCGUUUUCACAUUCAUUAAGCUUUAAGCAUUUAUCUAUGCUUCGAUGGAAUUUUUACAAGCAACAGGCGAUAGACCGGGUUAUUUUUUUCGUGAAGCUCCGCAGCGUGCGUCGGUCUGCAGCUGGCGGCUAAGUCUGCUCCGUGUCUCUCAUCUCCGGGUGAUGCCUCGUAAUGUGAGCCUUCGCAUUUGUCGUGUUGUAAAACUAGAAAUGCUUGAUUCUAGUUUUACAAUGUUGGCACACUGCGUGCGUCAUGUCCAGCUCAGUGUGUCCGGGCUUCGGUAAAAUCUGAAAUGAUGCCAAACUUUGGCUUUUAGUAAAGAUGGGGCCGGCUGAAUCUCCUUUUCCUCCGUCAUUGUAUUUCCCUCUUUGUUUUGGUGCCUUCUGCGUAGGCCUGGACGAUAUAGAAAAAAAGCAUAUCGAUAAAAAAUAAAUCAUAUUGAUCGAUAUCGAUAAUUAUCGAUAUGAUUAUUAUAAUUAUUUAACAUAUAUUUUAAUUGCAGCCCUGGAUGUUUUUAUGCUAUUGCUUAAUGACCUACUUUUAAUAAAGAACACACAAGCACUGAAUUCAAAUUCAAACCUUUAUUCAACCACCUUUUUUUUUUUUACCACAACUGAAAGUUUUUUAAAAAAGAACUAAAAAAAAAAAAGAAAUCAACUUAAGUGGCCUGAGUGACAUCAGUAAAUACUGACAAACAUAAAGACUAAAGUGACCAGAAAAUCUGAUAAAUAAAUAUUUAAAUAGUCUUUUGAUGAAAAUAAACAAAACAAAUAUAUAAAUAAACAGAAUAGCUUUAGGUGGGAAUAGCAUACUACCAGGUUUAACUGUGUGGGAAACUGCCCACAGCCUGGUGUCUGAACACUAAAAUAUUUCUCCCGGGGUCGGGAGAUUUAUUUUUUUUUAAUUAUCAUGUGAUUGACUUAAUACACAAACUAAGCACGAGAAGCAGGACUUAUCCACGCCGGUGUUGUGUCGUAGAAUGCACCCCUGCCGAAUGCACCCCCUGCUAGUAGCCAUGAUCCAAAUACUCGCGUCUUUGUAAAAUAUGAGCUCAUUUUCUUCCACUUUAAGAAGCUAAUGAGUGGACGGGAUACAGGGGUGCAUUCUACGGUACAACACCGGAAAGUAUUUCCUCCGCACCCUUCUCACCUUUUCAACCCCUGACCCAUUUUCAUGCCUGAAGCGCUGUGUUUGAGAAAUACUUGCGGCCGGGCACUUCAUAUCGCGGGUCGAGAGUGGCUAGAAGCUGGUCGAAGCCAGGCUUUUCAACGGUAGUUAUUGGCAGUAUGUCCCUCGCUAUGAAGCAUCUUACUGCAUGGGUGAUGUCCUUAUGCCGCUCGAACGCUUUGUCGUAUUUUGGCAAGAAACGAAGUCCAGUUUGGUCUGCUUCACAUGCUUUGUGCUGGUGCUGGCAGCGGUUCCAGAGGAUUCCUCCUCCGACGACGUGGAGCCGCGGCGCGGCCGACACAGCUCGUACUCCUGCGGCUGCGAUCGGUUUAGAUGGUAAAACAAGUUGGUUGUGUUACCAGACUUGGUUUUUACUAAUUCUCUGCAAAUUUUGCAAACGACCGCUGUUCGCUUUUUGUCAGACUUCCAUGCUGGUGAACUACUGAAACCUUUUUUCGGGACAAUGUCCUCCGCUUCUCCUUGCUGUAUCAUUUUUUCUAAUACACGUGCUGUCUGUUGUGGUUUGAGAGGGGCUGGGCUUGGUGCCGUAGCGUACCUGGGUCUGCGUUUGUGAUUGGUUGGGAGGAAGUAAUGACUGUAGUAAAAGCUACAUGAUAGGCUAUGAUGAAAAAGAAAGGGAAACUGUGUUUUUCUAUCGAACUUUUUAUCGACCCGUUUUUUUUCUAUCGUACCACACGUCUAUCGAUCGAUAUAUAUUGUUAUCGAAUUAUCGUCCAGCACUACUUCUGCGCAUGUGUGCGUCCCAGAACCGGCUGUGUGAUGACGUCAGGACUUCCAGCGUGUUUCCAAAAUGGAGGCGGACAGGCAGCGGAUAUUUAAUCUUUUAAAAUCGAUUUUGGGACAUUUUAAAUAGAUUCUGAAUCGUAGUAAAUUAGGAUCGCGAUUCUUGUGUGAAUCGAUUAUUUUGGCGCACCCCUAGUAUUUAAGGAUCUCUUGGAGUAGCUUUGCACCGUUGCUAUAAAUCUGCUUGAUAAAGGUCUGAAUGCGUAUUAUCCUCAUGCUGUUUUGAGCAGAAAUAAGUCCCAGAUGUAGUAUUUUAUCAGGGUCUUUACAUUUGAGCCUGCCGAGGAGAUUCUUUACAGACAUACAGUUGUGUAUUUUCUAGGCAGAGUUGUCUGAAGCAAGAGAUGUCUUUUCACCAGUGACACCAUUAGCCUCCCACAGAGGAAGCAAAAGUGAUUUUCUGUGCGAAGCAGCAGCUCGAGUCUUGACCAUGACCUCAAGGCAUAAUUGUUUACAACAUAAGCAAAGGCUCACAGUGGAGCAGGGGAAGAGCAAGCUGCUUUACCUGCUUCUCUGCACUGCAGGACUGAAAAAUAACUGGAUUACAGUGUGUCCUCACUACAAAUCUGAAUGUAUGUGAAGAGGGUAUUUAGUGCAGUAAAUGCGGACACUGGAGUGGCUCCCCGUUAAUUCACACGAGACGACAAUCACAUGAGUAUGUCUCUGCGUGGAAAGUUUUUCAGGGAUUUUUCCCCGACAAAGGAUUGAGUGAUUUUGACAGAUUUAACGCAUGUCCUUUGAUUUCAUAUUAUACGACACAGUUUUCUUUUUAAUGAUCAAACUUUCCAUGAAGGUUCCUAGUUUUAAUUUCUGAUAGUGAUACCCAUUAGGAAUCCAUGAAUGAGUCUUUUUAUAUGAAAGCGCACUCUUGUGAUCAGCAGAUUCAUCCAGGAAUAAUGUAAUAGAAAAGGGUCAUUGUAAGACCUUUUCAUCUUGAGCCAAUCAAAUAAAGUCAAAGUUUAGUUAGUAAAAUUACCUUCUCCAAAAGCAUCUUAUUUUUGUUUUGAAAUUAGUCUUUUAGUUGUUUUAAGUUUUAAAAAGCCUUUUUUUAAAACGCACAGUCCUCCAGUCGAGUAAUGAUAAACACAUUCCACCAAACUAAGAGUGAAGAUGAACCCAGUGGGGAUGAUUUUUUUUUAAGUGCGAGGACAUAACACUCAGAAACAUUCAACCUGAGUUUACAUGUCGAAUGCUGCUGGAUGCUUAAUGUUACUUAGGUCAAUUAAUGCAGUUAAGUUUUGACAUCAUGAACUAGAAGCAAAAGUCAGACUUACUCUUCUCUUUCGCCUUUGAGGUUCAUACUUUGACACCUAAGAGCUCAGAGGAUUUUAUAAGGUUUAAAGUUUAACAGAUAGUUUUAUCUCUCAUGAUGAAUAAAAAAAAAAUCAAAGGGCAUUUUGUUUGAAAUCCUUUGAGCCAUGUGGUGCUGCAGCUGUUGAGCCGAUGUACCACUUAUAACACUUCUCUAAAUGACCCUGACACCAUGUUAAAGACUCAGCUGUUUCAUUCUCAAAUCCCAUCAGCGUCUGAAUGAAAUAAUCUGUUUUGGUAAAUAAGAUUAAAGAUUAAAACACUCAGGUCCUUAAAGUCUAAAGGUGGUUUCAUGAAUGUGUUAGUUUAGGUUUUUCAGUUUUGGAUCAUUUAAAUGCAAAAGCUUAAAAUCCAUAAAUGUAGAAAAAGCAGCGAAAUGUAAAAGCAGGUGAGAAAUGUAGUAAUUUUGCUGCUUUUUGAUUGAAUCUUUGAUGAAGUGGCAGUAAGUUGAUGAAAGAGGGGAAUGGCUUCGAUACAGUUUAACAGUCAGAGCCGUCUAGUUCUCAGAUCUGUUCCCUCCGCCUGUGGCUCUCAUACAGCAGCAGACAGCAGCCAGAGCUACGUAUAUAGCAAAGGUGCAAAGCUACAGAACAGUGUGUGAGAUUGACUGCCAAUAAUAGCAGCACUUCUCGUUCCUACAUAUCCCUCUCCUUCUUCUCUUUUCUUCCUCUUUCCCUCACGUCACCGAACUCACACCUUCUAUCACUGCGAGCUCUUCUCAGGUCAAAAUCCACCUUGUUUGUUUGUGUGUAUAAUUGAUGACGCACAAGAGUGUGCGGCGCGUGUUCCCCCCCUCCCCCACAUGUAUCUGAGCACGUUGCAAAUGUUUCUAGAUUUGUCUCCUCCCACACCAUAUUGGCAGGUGUGUCUCGUCUGUAUGUAAGACGCACUCAGCCGACUGUGUUAUUGGUGCAGACGUUUUUUUUAAUGAGCGCCAUCUGUGUACAUCCUGCUCCAAACCAAACACUGCCCUACCUGUGUGUGUGUGUGUGUGUGUUUGUGUGUGUGUUGGGAAGUCUUUGUUGUGUGUCUCUUUGGUCCUCGCCGUCGGUUAAGCUCUGGUUUCAGAUAUUCUCUCUUUCGUCUGUGAUGUCCUGCAGGCUAUCCAGGAGGGUAUCCUGCCACGGCUCCCACCUACACACCCAACCUCUAUCAAACAGGCAGUCCUGGGUAUCCACCAGGUGAGUCCCAACUCACACACUCUUGCACAUGCAAUAAGAGGCCAUUUAAUGGCUGUUUUGGUGCUUAACAAGGCGGUACUCUGGGAUAUAUCUUUGUCAGUCUGCAGGAUAGAAUUAGAGGGUUGGCUCAUGUUUUCCAAGAAAGAAAAUCCAGAGAUAAACACAACGCAAAGAGAGUGGAGGAUUCAUAUAAAUGUAAUGUAAAGGAUGUCACAUAGAUGGUUUUACAAAAUAUAUUCAUUUUUCUGUUAUAAUCCCUCUGCAAGGAUAUGGGAAAAGUUAAAAAAGGGAUUAUGCCGGAUUGUUCAGCCUACAGAGGGGACCUUUCAAUCAUAGCCAUGCACAAAACCAUUUUGAGUGAAGGGAGGUAAGAAGCACACAGUGAAAUAAGCAGAGUUUCAGGACAUCAUCAGGUUGAAAUAUGAUAAUACUUUUCAUUUUCAAGUAUUCAUGCAAAUUUAUGUGUUGAACUCGGCCAAUAGUUUUAGAUUAUUUUAGAUUAUUUGCGAGAUGGAGACUCGCGAAGCAACGAGCUAACAGUAGAGUGAGCAAUACUGUGCAUAUCAAUCACGAUCCAGUUACAAUUCCCACUUAGAUUCUGUCUUUGUGAGACCAACUACAUAACCAGAUUUUACGUUUUAGAGCCUGAACUCAGGAAGGCCAGAUUAAAACACAAGAAACCAUCACCCUGUAAAUAAGCAUUUAGUGAGCAGAGCCCCUCCCCCCUACGAAGUCUUUGUUUUCCUUUUAAAGCAAAAAAUUUGAUCUUCACUCUGGGUGAGUAGCUUCAGCAAUGAUAAAACCUAUCAUCUGUUUAUACUGGAGUUACAGACUGCAAUAUGACAGAUGAAAACUGAUUUCUAUUUGUAGUUUGCUCAUUUGGAAUUAUAGGGCUUAUUUUUGAAAUAACUUUGAAUAAACUAAAAGGGACAUGAAAAUAAGAUUAAUCUUGAAUAAUUUUGGGCAUGUAGUUCAUACUCUAAAAGAUCAUGAGUUACGGCAGCACAGGUUUAAUGAAGCAUCGGAAGUUUGCUUUCACUGGAGCUGAAACAUGUCUUUGUUUCAAGUAACUUGAACACGGCGUGGCGCUCCUCGCAGGCUAUAGUAACGUAAAGGCUGUAUGGAUUAAGUGGUGAUCCCAGCCAAAAUGAAAUUGAUGGUGAAGGAAUGGGAAGCCAGCCAGUAACAGCUGCCAGAGGCCUUAUAGCAGCAGAUACGAACUCUGCUGGGGUUCACAGUCUGGUCCCCGCAGCAGAUGGAGAUGACAGUUGUCCCACUGACUCCCAGAUAUGGUGUGUCUGUAUAGAUAAAGAUAGUUUAGUGUGGCAGGGUCUUGAACCCUUGUACAAUCCGCUUUGAUCUCACUCAGGCCCAUUUUCUUUGGAAAUGAUAUCAGGAAAUGAUUUUUAGAAAAACUGCAAUGACGCUGUUUUGAUACAGAAGAAGAAGAACUUUAUUUAUCCCUGCGGGGAAAUUCAGUACCAAUACCAGAGUGCUCUGCUUACGAAUUUGUUGAAGCAGGUUUCCAAUUAAAAGCUUGAAGUCCAAAUUAAGUAUCUAGUGGAGUUAGUUGCUUACUUUAAAUGUGGAGUUUUGUGAUCAUUUUAGGUGUUAUUAAAAAUGUGAGUCAGGCCAUAUGAAUACAUGUAUUUAUUUUCAAUCAUCAAACACUCAAGAUUCAAGAAAGUCUAUAAAAAAAGAGGAUAGAAGCUUCAAACAAAAAUAGUUAUUAUUAUUACUGUAAUGCAAUAUGCUAAACAGUAAAAUGAACCAAAAAUACAUAAUAUUUAACCAAAAGAAAAUAAAAAUGUCAACAGAAACAUGUCGUUAAAUUGAGCCAUUUGCUAAAAUAAAUAAAUAAAAAAAAAGCAAAUGUUUUCACAAGAUUAAAUCAAAAAUGGAAAGUUUCAUAUUUUGUGAUCAAUCAGUUAAUAAGCUGUUACUUAAUCGAUCUAAAAGUCAUGCAGUGAAAUUUAGGUGAAAAAUAUAUGUAGCAUUUGUUAGUUAACUGGAAAUAAAAAUGUGAAGAACAAAAAGUCCUUUGGUGAAUUUAAAGUAACUUGUUAUUUUUUAUUAAUUAAAAAUGAUAGUGUUGGAAUCGUGAAAUCGAUAAUUGCCCAGAUAAAAAGCCCAUUUUGAAGCAGCUAUUGUUUGGGAACAACAGUAGUUCCUUGUAUUGUUCCCUGCCCUCCUGAAUUCAGAGUUUCUAACCGAGGCAGGGUGGGUUUGUGGGUUUCAUUUGUGCUGCCUUUGAAGCCCCUCUCCUCCUGUCCCCUCCCCCAGUUUGAUUUUGUCUUUUGGAAGUGGAACAAAAUAUCAGGUAUGCUCUGGCGAAGCCCACCCAGCUUAGUUCCAACAAAAGACCUGAACCUAAUUACCGAGGCUGUGGUGAAGACCGGCGGUGUUAGUGUCUGUGUGCAGAUUACUUUCUUUACAUUCUCCAGCCUCCACGCAAGGCAGCCGGGGUCUGAUUAGAAACGUGUCCCCCGGUCAAUGUCAUUAUUCCUUAAGAUCACUCAAUGAACAAACUGUUUUAUGUCAGCCGGGUUCUUGUUUAAUUGUCACACACCAUUGUCUUUUAGUGCACUGUGCCCAUGUUCGAGCGAGGAGCGUAUGUGAGAGUAUGCACGCACUUUAAUAAACACACACAGCAGCUCCAGCAUCUCUUUGUUCCCUUGUCCUUGUGUGAGAGAAGGCUUUCAUAAGCUCAGCUGCAGCAACUAGCUUAUAGCAUGUUUGACCUUCAGGCUCCUCCGAGUGGCUGUUUGGGGGUACUGCACACAGGGAGCACUAGACAGUCAUGCGGCGCUCUCAACCAGAUGCCUUCACUGCCUUAUAAUAAACCUUGUACUUUUCAGGCUUUGUGAUGUCGUAUCACUCAAACUCAAGCCCCGUUGAAAUUAUAUUCGAAGGAUUUGCUCCGUUGAAAAGCAUACUUAUGUUAGAUAGAUAGAUACGCUGCUUGACUGUCUGAGGUCCCUGAGGGAGAAUUUUUCCCUUAUUCACUCACUUUGUUCCAACUGUUAUUGAGCAGUAACCAAAACAGAAAUGCUGCCUUCAAAAAUAAUGGUGCAAGUAGGUAAAUGGUGCACAUAAAAAACCUCAAAAGCCUCGGCUGUUUUGUUUUAAGACUACAGCACAGAGGAAAGACGGCACCAGUUCUCCAUCUGGUGGAUUUAGAGGGAAAUGCAAAAAGGGAAAUGUCUGAAAAAGGCUGCAGCAUUUUUUUAUUCAUUUAUUGAUUUAGAGAAUAACAACUCAGUUUUCUGUAAUACACCAGAAAUAAUAAAGUCUACCUCUCUGUGAUGAUGGGAACUCUGUGUGUCAGUCGAGCAUCUUAACUUCAGCUGGAGAGCAAACCUUUGUAUUUACAGUUCGUCAUGCUGUCCUGUAACAGCCAAAGAUUCAGUUUAGGAUCAACAGGUUGAAGAAGAGCAGGUUUAAGAAAACGUUUCAGAGGGCACUAACUCUCCUUUUUCUCCCUCCAUGUUUUUAGGAUACACCUCAGCAGGCACUCCUUAUAAAGUGCCCCCCACUCAGUCCAAUGGAGCACCCCCACCAUACACCCCAACCCCCACCCCAUACCCAACAGCCAUGUACCCCAUCCGCAGUGCCUACCCCCAGCAGAACUUAUACGCACAGGUAAGUGGAUGUUCACUCCAAGGCUGCUAUUGAGAUAAUUAUUAUUCAUAUUAUCAGUUCUGUCCACUGAUCAUUGAGCAGAGCCAUUGAAAAAUCUGCUCACAUUGUUGUAAGCAGUUGAAGUACUUGUAACGUAUUAACAUAAUGGUAUUUCUUUAUUUUCAAGAGUUACUAAUUUCAGCUUUAAGCUCAUUUAAUUGGAUUUGAGACUGAGAGUGAAUGAGAAUAAAUGUCAUUUUAUGGUGAAGAUGCAGCUUUGGUGAAGACCCUUUUCAUUAGAUGUUCUUUAGCUCACUGAAAGGAUGUCUUUUUUCAUUAAUAACAUAGACUACUCUGAUCUGUGUUGAAAUGCUAUUAAAUAUCAUCAUUUGAAUAUCAAGCUGGUCAAAUUCUGUAAACUUAAUGGAAGUUUUUUGUUUGGUUUUUCUGUGAAUAAGAAUCAAUUAACAGUUUCAAGACUCAAGAAAAGUAACUCCCCCACAAAAACUAAGACCUUGGUGUACCUAAUCACAAAUGUGUUUCUAUUUCCUGCUAAAUUACACUGGUAAUUUAUAAAAUAGGAUGAGUAAUGUUGUUUGGGAUAUAGAUAGAUAUUUUGUUUUUUUGUUACUUCUUGUUUCUUGUCUUUACGUUAUCAAACGCACAUUGCAAGAAAAAGAAAAGAACAAAGGCAAGAUGUCCAUCUGCAAAGUAGUCUGGAUUUGUCUUUUGUUCUCUUUAGUGUCUGCACUGCAAAAACACCAAGCAGCCAAGACUUGCUCUCAGAAAGCCCACAGUGGAGUUGACUCAUACAUCACUCUCUGAUCCACACUUUUCCUUGUCUUUCUUACAGGGAGCGUACUACACUCAGCCUGUGUAUGCGGCUCAGCCACAUGUGAUCCAUCACACCACUGUGGUUCAGCCAAACAGUAUCCCCUCCACAGCCCUCUACCCGGCCCCUGUCCCCGUACCAGCUCCUCGCAACAACGGCAUGGCUGCUAUGGGGAUGGUAGCCGGGACAACCAUGGCCAUGAGUGCAGGUAGGUCCAGAAAAAGAUUCAGCUGUUUUCUGUGGAUUGUCAAUCGUGAUUUUUAGGUCGCGUUCACACAACCCUCGUUUAGUCCGGUUGAACCAAACCCUGGAGCGUUUACCCCCUUGGUGCGGUUCCUUUGGGUCGGCGUGAACGCUGACCUCAAACUCUGGUGCGGAUCAAAUAAACAAACUCUGGUCUGCAUGGAGCGGUUCAUUUCUGGUGUGAAUGUCAUCCACACCAAUCACAGGAAACGCACCACACCAGUGCUGGUUGUGAAAUAAAUGUUGUCCGCUCACCUCACUUGUCCCGAUUGACACCAGAGUGACUUCCGGUUCCGUUUUCUGAUUGAGCGAUUGAGUUUGUCCUUUGUGAACGCAAACCAGACCAGUUAAACAAUCGAAACAAAUGUAUCGUCCUGCCUUGGAUUCGAAUCAGGAAACGGACCUUUAGGUGUAAACAUGACUUUGGACUUUCUUAUGGAUGUUUUCAUUUUUUAACCACCUUUCUGGAUGGUUGUACAAAUGUAUGUUUAGACUCGUCAUUUUCUUUAUUUAGUGACAUAUUUCUAAGAUUUCAUGUGCUUGUCAGGUUCAUUUUAUGGUUUCUCAUAAAAUCAGUCAGUAAGCACAUACAUAAGGCACACUGGAUUAUACGCCGACUGUCAAUUUUUUGAGAAAAUUGAAGGAACUUAAGUGCUCCUUAUUGUCUGAAAAUAGAUAGAAUAAAUUCAUGAGUGCCUACAGCUCAUUACCUGUGUUGUUAACUCCCUACAGGGACCCUGCUGACAACGCCCCAGCACCCCCAGAUUGGAGGACACCCAGUUACUGUGCCAACCUACAGGCCACAAGGGACACCUGGGUACAGCUACGUACCGCCUCACUGGUAGAGCCCACCCGUCAUGUGAGUGUCAGCCCUCCUACUGUUUCUCUUUGAGAUGUUCCUCACCACCCCGAUUUUCCCUCUUCCAUCUGUUCCCUCCUCCUCCUCCUCCUCGUCCCCCUCCUCCCUGCUUUUCAUCCCCCUUUUUUGUUCCUCCAUUGUCACUCUGACUUGAACAAACUGUGCCGCCACACAUUUCCUUCCCUCAGAGGCCCACUGUCUGUCUUAAAUCACUCGCCAAUGUGUGCCUCUGCUCUUCUUUCCCAGCAGAUCUGGAGUCCACCAUCGUAUGCAACUGCUCAAUUCUUACACGGGCUCCCCCUGGUUACCACGGGAACUCGGCACCUGUCUGCAAGAACAAAACUAAAGUGCAACAGCCACUUUACUAUUAUUGUUAUUGUUAUUAUGCGACAUUCUAUUACUUUUUUUUAAAGCUGCUUUUAUUUUUUUAUUUUUACUCUGUUCAUUUGCCAACCAGUCAUUACCUUAUUUUGUAUUGUUUUCUUUUAUACAUUUUAGUUCCUCACUUUAUUUUGCUGUGUCUGUCAUCGGAACUCCAGAAGGACUCUUGACCAAUCACGGGUGUCAGUCGCUCCUGUUUCUGUGUUGUGCUGGUGUGUGUGGUCCUUCCUGCUGCUGCUGCUGCUGCUGCUGCUCAGUUGGCUGGAAAAUAUUUGGGCACUUAAUCUUCAUCAUCAUCUCCGUCAGUGGCUACAAUGUUGACCUAUGCUGCCAAAUUUUCUAAUGACUAGAUAUCAGCACAGGGUUUUUGCAGAAUUUGGAGUUAUUUAAUUUUUGGCGUUCACUUUUUUUUUUUUUUUUUUUUCACCCGAGCUUUCCUUUCCCCGCCUUUUGUUCUUCCUUCCUCUUCAUCGUUUUUGUUACAUUUACAGUUUAAUCUCAGUCGUCUUCCAACGCGUAGCUGUCUGUCUGGCAGCAGUCAGUCAAUCAUGUCUGUAAACGCCUCCUCGUGAGUGCUGAGUCGCUCUGAGCAGAGCACUUAACCCAUCCUGCUGUGUACCCCACUGUGUCCACAUCCUCGCUUCUACACACUAAGAAAACCUACUCCAUGCUACAUACUAUGCAGCAGUAUGUUGUUACACUGUUGAAUUCUUAACCUUAGCAUAGGUCAAUACGAUAACUAUGAGUAUUUAUGAUAAAUAGGUGGUCGUGCACACUAGCUAACACACACAGGGGCUCCUGCGAUGUGUCGGAAACCAUCACUUUUUGGCGCUUACUGUGUAAAACCUCCAGUUGUGUUGUUACUUAUCUGUACACACAUACACAGAAACACACACACACACACACAACAUGGAUUUCUGAGGGUGUGCACAGCAGACCGCAGAGAAGGAGUUUAAAGGGACUGUGUCAGCGCUGAGAGAGGAGGGCAGAGGCAGACAGAGAGCAGACAGCAAGAAAAGGAGGAGGGGAGGAGGUCUUAUGGUCACAGUCGGUCAGUUUUUCAAGGUACAAGACAUUUGAGUUUGUGACAGCUCACCUCUAAGAGCCCACACAGACACACUGCGUUUUUUUGCACUAUAUGUAUUGUACAUUGAUCCCUCACUGUGACUAUAUCGUCUCCUCCUCUUCCUCCACCUCCUUUCCUUCCUAUAGCCAAACACUCAACGGAUCGAAACCCAGACUCUUGAGUAAACAUUAAUAAUGGACCGGUCAAUAAAUGUGCUGAUAGAUGAAAAGGAUUCAAUCUAGUCUGCUGCACCGCGCUGUGAGUGAGCAAACCAUUGAUAUGAGUGGAUGCUUGUUGAAUCGGAGAACAGGUCCAUGUUGUGUUACUCACAGAAUUGGAGCAAAAAAAAAUGUACCUUUUGGGCUUUUCUUCAUAGAUAAAAUGAUCUGCAGAAUGAAAUCAUAAAUUCCUGAAAGUGCAGAUCUGAGAUGACGCUUUCACUCUGUCACUGAGUUUGAAGUCGGUUCAGUCAAGUUUGGCCUCCAGGAGCCUGAGAAAAGGGGUUUCUACAUUAUCUUUUUUUAUUUUUCUACUAUGCUUCUUCUACAGGAGUCGCAGAUUGACACGUCUGCUUCAACCAUCUGCAUUGAAACAUUAUCUCCAUCCAAUAAAAAAAAACAGCAUUUAUCUUGAUGGAUUGAAAACGUGUUUUCAAAGGUGGAUAAAAAUUGAGCCAACGAAACAUGGACCACAUACAGCCAUUUUUGUUGCCUUUUUAUGCUUAUACAUAUAAAUAAGGCAUUUUCGGACAUGCAAACGGCUUUCGCAGCCACAGAAUGAUGAUGUUAAUCAAACACUACAACACAUUGAGUAGUGGUGGGUGGGUUUGAUAGUUAGCUGAGGCCUGUGGUAUUUUAGGAAAAAUAAGAAGUCAUGAAUCUGUGGACAGAUCAGUAUAGCAAGAAAGCAUUUACAGCGCAGGUGUGUAGGUGAAAUGGUUUGAUAUUGCAAUAAAACGAGAGGGAAUGCCUCCAACUGUUAUCAAACAGUAAUUAUUUUAUCAGCGUUUUGAAUUGAUUUUUAAAAAGAAGCUUAUUGUUGUAAUCUCUUAAGUAUGGAUUACAGGCUCUGUAUGCAGCCUCCACUCAAUAAUUAUACACUUACUGCUAAGAAGAGUAGAACAUAUCAAGAAUUUGGGUAUUGAAUAACUUUGUGAGGAAAUAUUGCACAACUUAAGACAAAAAAAAAGAACUUGAUGACUAUAAUUUAAUGCUAAGUAACAGGUACCUAGGCUUCGUAGUGCAGGUGGGCGGAAAAAGCAAUUUAUAUUGUAAUUAAGAAUAAAACAAUAAGGUCGAGUGUUUGAGGUAUUCUUAGUCCAGAUAUUUGUACUCUAGUAGGUAAAUUCUCAAGAAAAUAAGACAUCAUGCUGCUGUCUGAUGAAAACUGUUGAUAUUUGAACUUUAUUUUGAAAUCCACCCUUGCGUUUAAAAAAAAAAUCUGAAUCUUGUACAUUUAAAUUCAAGGCACUAAAGCUGAAUAAAACAAAACAGUUUUCAUACGCUAGCAGAAAUGUCACUUGUCAUUAGGGUUUAUUUAACCAACCACUACUUCUGUCAGUAUUUUCAAUUUUACCUAAUGGAGUUUUGUUUUUUCCUUACUUCCCUCUGGUCAAAGAAGCAUAAUGGGUAUGCAUAAUAUUCAGGUGUAUUACACUAUAGCAUUGGAUCUCUAAGUAAAAAAAAUGCAGUAUAUUUAUACAGCAAGUGGUACAGUAAUGUAUUUCUAGCUAAGCAUGGUUGCAUCAGUGUGGCAGCUACUAUUUGUGCUUUUAAUAUUUUCUUUUACCCUCUCCUCUGCACCUCCGUUGUCUGUGUUUGUGUCACUGCAGGAGAAUUUAAAACCAUGUCUUGUAAGUGAAUACAAGACAUGUUGAAAUUUUUCCCUAACAAAUUCACUUUUUUAUGUUGCCUGAAUUUACAGAUACCGAGAAAGCGGAACUGAAUAAAGUGCUUUUUUUUUUCUCAAUUUGACUGUGAAAAAAAAAAAAGGUUACCGUGCUAUUUUUGGGAGACACCUUUGCGGUCUGUUUCUUUUCUGUAGGUGCAAAGAUGUAUUGACCGAUGUCUUGAGAACCCUCAGCCUCCACAUCCUUUUGUUCUGUGCCAUAUUUUACCCACAGAUGUUCAGUAAAUAUUAGUUCCUCCUCUUAAGUAACUGGUGAAUUUUAAAGUCCUUGUUACGUCUAGCUUCCUGUGAUUCUGUGUUUUCCUAUUGCUGUCCUAUUUCUCACUUUGUUGUUGAUGCAUAUUGCCUGUUUCACUUUUUAGCUUUCUUACUGUACCCUCUGUUUUUACCCUCACCAUUUUGCAUCCUUUUAACCAUUCGAAACAUUUUUAUCAUUUCUACAGAUGCAAAUUGGAGCAUAUCCACCUAAAUUAUUCGUCUUUGCUCGCAUACUCUCAUAUUUUACCAUUUUUGGUGCUUUCAGUCUGACCUUUGCAACCCUCAGUAUAUUAAGAAUAAUGAAAUAGUCAUGCAGUUGGUGUUUGUAACGGCCAAAAUCAAUAUGCUUUUUACAAUUAUGAAAACUCAUUGGAACCUUUUUGACACUAGAUGUCGCCAGUGAUAAAGCCUGGCUUCUCUGCGGAUCAGUGUGAGCCAAAGUAAAUGAAAAAUUCAGCAGACGUCUUCUAAAUCUAAAAACGACUUUUGAAACCAGAGAAAUUUUAGUGGGUGGUCAUUUUGAAAAUGAGUGUCUGUCUUCUGGGCAUCUUACUCAACAAAACCUUAUUUUGUUGAUCUACAAAGGACUUGGUCAAUCCAAGUUAACCAUCAAUAAGGGGGCACUUCUUGCCCUCUGGGCUGAGGACCAAUGCUCUUAAAAACUGUAAAAAAAAACGAGGACUCAGUAAAGAGGCAGAACCACUGAGUUAUGAGAACAGUUGGAGGUUAAAUGUCUCCGCUUGUCUAACUGCUUCCUCAUUUCACAUUCCUUGCCUCUCAUUUGUUUCAAUUUGCACUUAAAUGAAAAUGAAUAGUUUGGAACAGUUUGGAUUUGGAGGGGAAAAGGCAAACAUGUCUUAAUCGUUGAUCUUUUAUCAUCUUUUAAACAUCCAUCACUCUGCCGUCUGUGAUUGGAUGGUGGUUACUUUAAAAACAUUCUGUUUCUUUUCUCUUCAACAGUGAAAACAUAACUACAAAGUUUCCUAUCACCCCCUCUCCUCUCCUUCCAUCUUCUCUCUUCCCUCUUUCACCCUUUUUUUUUUGCCUUGCAGUUGCUAAGUCUUACUUUCUUUCAUAAGUAUAAAUUAAAACACUACUAUCACAGUGAAUAGUAGGCUUUUCAAUGUCUUUGAUGUUCUGCUGCAGCUUUUUAUUUUCAACUUGUCAGAUAUCUCUUAGUUUGAUUUGACACUAAAUGUGAUGCAAAAAGUGGAAAUUCCUUGUCUUCCAAAAAAAAAAAAAAAAGGAUACUCGUAUUCUUUCCCCCCCUGAAUCGAGUAUUAGGAACAACCCCCAUCUUUUGGAAGUUUUAGUUUGGUACCCAGUUUGCACAUGCUAUGGUAUAUCUGUUACCGUAAGGUUGUGUUUGAAACAGAAGCCCAACGUCUGUUCAACGUUGAGAGAAAUGAAUUGUAUGUUAGCUAUUUGGUCCAGAGUGACGGACCAGCGUCAGGCUUGUGAUAUGAAGUGUAAAUCUGUUUUUAAUUUUUUUUUUUUUUUUUUUUUUUAUGUUUUCUUUUUUGUUGUUGAGGGUUUUUUUAAAGAUCAGUUAGUGAUCUUAGUACUAUAACUAAGCCAAGUUUGUAAUUGUAUAUUUACUGUAAAAUGUAGAACAUUGAAUAACUAUUAAAAUUUUCCUAUAAAAGGAACAAUG